AAAAUAGUAAGGAAAAUAAAUAAAUUACAAAUAAAUACACCCAUUUAGCUUUUAAUCAAACAUUCGAAAUAAAUCUGGCAUUAUUUAUUAUUUUUAUCCAACAAAAUCAAUCGAACCACCGUCAAAGUUCAUAAGCAACACGUUAUUCUUUGGACAAUGCUCGCAACGAGGAAUCAAACUAAAACCGAACGAAAUCAAUAAAUCUCCGUAGUUUUUUCAAACGUCCUCGCGACUACAGUGAAUUAUUCAUCCGUAAAGAUUACGUAACGAGCGUUCGCGAUGCCAUAUCAUCAACUGUAACGAGUCGAUUACAAUGUGAGGUUAUGUUUAUUUCAAAUUGUGGCAUUUCGCUGGCGAGAGCGGUCCGCGUUACUGUUGGUCUUGGCGCGAUGAAACCGAAAGUGGUGUUUGUUUUGGGCGGCCCCGGCGCCGGAAAGGGCACCCAAUGCCAGAAAAUCGUCGAGAAUUUCGGGUACUUGCAUUUGUCGGCGGGGGACCUGCUGAGGGAAGAGAGAAGGAAUCCCGAUUCACAAUACGGGGAGCUCAUCGAGAACCAUAUCAGAGAAGGAAAAAUAGUCCCCGUAGAAAUAACAUGCAGUCUAUUAGAAAACGCCAUGCAAGCCUCCGGACAGGACAAAUUCCUAAUAGACGGCUUCCCCAGGAACCAAGACAAUCUGGACGGCUGGAAUAAAUCCGUUGCGGAUAAAAUCGACCUGCAGUUCGUUUUAUUUUUCGAUUGCCCCGAAGACAUUUGCCUGCAAAGGUGUCUGAGUCGAGGCGCCUCGGGCAGCGGUAGAUCGGACGAUAACGAAGAGAGCCUCAAGAAGCGCUUCAACACGUACGUGAACGAAACGCGACCGAUUGUGGAUUAUUACGAAAAGUUCGAUUUAGUUAAAAAAGUGAACGCCACCCGACCGGCGGACGAAGUAUUCGAAGACGUUAAAUUGUUGUUUCUCGGACGAGAAGGGGGAGACCACAAGUAAUUGUUCGUGUGAUUUAUAACAAAGGAUAUAUAAUUUUAUAAUACAGAAUUGACGCAUUCCUGUAUUUAUAUAUGUUACAUUUCUAUUUUCUGUAAUCACUGAAUUGGGCGUAUUGUUGCCGAGUGAUUAUGGGAAAUUAUCCGAAUAAUUGCAAAAUAUUUUUAAUGGCACCAGUAUAUCAGUUGAUACCUCUAGUCAAUUGUAUGUAUAUUAUGUAUUACAUUAGGAUUUAAUCAAUUCAGGCAAUAUCUAUAUUUUUACUUAAGUUCAUAAUAUUUUAUUCGCAUAUUGAUUUGGAGGUUCAAUUUGUAAACUUUAGUACUUAGAAAUAUUUCGUCCUGCUAAUAGAACUGAUGUAUUUUUUUUAAAUAUCAAUGCUUUUAAGUACUUACAUUUCAUAAAAAAACGUAUUAAAAAAAUCAGGUAAUUUGUUAAUCGAAUAUCUGGUAAAUUGUACCGCCCUAAAUUUACCAGAGAUUUUCUAAAAACAUUAUUUUGUAACGUAUACACAUAUUAUACCAUUAUUAAUUUAAAAUUGUGUUCAAGUAAGAUAUUAUUUGUAUAUUUUUGCAUUUAAAGCCGAUUGUGAAUGCCGACUUAAUUUAAAAUAUACCUAAAAGGAAUGCCA